GAUCAGCCACGGUGGAAUGGGUUGACAGAUUUACAAUCUCAUGGAGCAGCCACGGGUGUGAACCAUUGAAGAACAUAAUAGCUGGGAAAUCUAAUUCAAGAAACAGCGACUGCAGAGCAAUGUAAUGGUGUUUAUAAACACGUAGGAUUACUGAAACAGGGUGACGACCAGAAAUCUCGAUCUUGUCACUCUGCCUGUCUGAUCUGCUGAGUUCCUCCAAUAUUUCAGUUCCAGAUUUCACCAUCUGCAGUCUCUCGUGUUUCUGGUUCACUGAUGCCCUUACCUACUACCCUGGCUCGGGUCAAUAAGGAAUUGCAUGGAUUACAAGCAAUGUCCACACUCACUGCGGGAUUAACACGCACAAAAUGCUGCAGGUACUCAGCAGGUCAGCAACAUUGAUGGAGAUGAGAAACAGUCUACUUUUCUGGCUAACAUCCUUCAUCAGGUCUGGUAAUGAAGGGUCAUUUUUAUAUAUUUGUACAUAAUAGUGAAUGAGCUGCCAGAAUUAUUUAAACGUCCGCCAAUAAAGCCAUUUAAUUUCGUCAUGUUUCGAUGAACGAGAGAGAAAAAAAAGUAGUGCAAGGGUCGAUGGGGGAGAGGUCAUUGUGUGGGGACUGCUGGGAAUUCCGGUGUUCAACGCCGGGACCACGCGGAGGCUGUCGGGAAUGAGGUCGGUGACAGCGAGCGGGAGGCAUGGCGCGGUGUCCGGUUUCAAGUUAACGACCGUCUGUUUUCCCGUCACUCGGUGUCUGCGGGGAUGGCGGCUGGGCGUUGGUUUGGGUUUGGCUUUAAUCGUUUUGGACAGACUGUCAACAGCGUGGAACGGCCUGGGAGCCCGGUGAAACGUGAGGCAGAUGACCGGGUGCUGGAGCCCCGCGAGGUGACAGUCUGUAACUCGAGGCCAAACCGGAGCGAUGUCCCUCCUCCCCGGUCUGGCUUCGAGUUACGGACAGACCAGCCUGAGGCGGACGAUGGCAACGGGCCGAAUCCGCGGCGGCCUGACUUACCCUGUCGAGUCUCUCCCGCCUGGAGUCAUUCUGCCUGCUUGACUGAUGAUGGGUCAAUUUAUUUCUGGGGGUUUGUUGCUGAUGUUCCAUGGCACCAGAUGUACCUCAACAGCCAAGGUUUGCAAGGAUGCAGAGAUAUUCUGUCCUCUGAGAAAUACCUGCUUACGUUGUGGCGGGACAGGGUGGAGUGCUGGGAUAUCCCAAGCCUCUGUCGUACUGGAGAGGCAACAGGUGCUGUCAUUUGGAAGAAGCACCUGCAGGAAGAAGAGAAACCAAAUGCAGCAUUUCCGUUAAUCGCUGGUGGUUACAUUACAACAACGCCUCCAUUUUACAAAUCGCUGUCACCACUGCUUGGUGGAAGGAAGCUGGUACUUGGCAGUGAGCAUGCUCUCCUGCUGACCUGUGAUUGGACUGUGUAUUCCUGGGGUGCAGGACGACAUGGUCAAUUAGGACAUGGUGGUGUUGAGGAUGAAGCAGAUCCACGGAUCGUGGAGGCGUUGCAUGGCCUGGUGGUGACUGAGUUAGCAGCCGGGGCCUGGCAUUCUGUAUGCUCCAGUGCCUCAGGAGACCUGUACGUGUGGGGUUGGAAUGAGUCGGGACAAUUGGGUCUGCCAGCGAGGUCGUGUUCAGGGGAGGAGCAUCAGAAGCCUUCUCAACAGGUUGAAUUCUCUGGAGAAGGAAGUGGUCAGCUGUUCACAUGGGGCUGGGGGAACUAUGGACAACUUGGCCAUGGACAGACCCUCAGCACUGAUCUUCCAAGGCUUGUCGAGUACUUCAUGAGGAAACAGCUUUAUGUGCUGGAUGUUGUCUGUGGGCCAUGGAACACCUUUGUGUUUGCACAUGAGAAGGAUUGAACUGUGCUCUGAUGAUGUAGUUCCAUGUUUACUGUCAUGAGGGAAGUCAGUCGACUGGUUCAGUGAAUUUUACAGGCAGAAAUUGUUGGUUUGGCUCUUGAUCACUGAUCAUUUACUAGGCAUUUACUGCGACGUGAGUACACGGUGUUGGAAACAGCUGGCCACCUUUCCUGCUCCUGAUUGUGGUGUAGUUGUGUGAUCAAUUGAAUAGAGUAUGGGGUUGUCUUACUGGUGAGUCCUUUGUCCACUGCAGAGCUCGAUCCAGAAUCCACAUAACCUGGGAUGUUAGGCUGGAUUCUCUUAACAUGGGCAGAAACCGCAUGAUCUUGGAUACAUUGAGGUCAAGGUCCAGUGACAUGGGGUGCAAGAUGACUGGGUACCCAUCACUUCUGUAGCCUUCCUCUGCCCUCACUGCUGUUGUGGUGUGUCAUCAUUUUUUGCCAGCUCCAGUACUGAGGUCUUGGUCAGAUUGCUCUUUAUCUGGAACCUCCCCCUUGACCUUACUACUAUGAGUGACCCUACCAAAAGCUAAGUGCCAAAUAGCUAGACUCCAGAUGACUUCACUCUCAAAUGGAACCCACAAGCCUCUCCACCACAACAAGGUGAUGGUUCUUGGAGAAGCACCAAUAUGGUGUACUCUAGUGAGGGCAGGACUGAAACACUUUGAUAAGAUGUUUAGGAAGAUUGCUUAUCUUGACUUGUAUGAGGAGCUGAGAUCUCCACUGCUUUGUGGCCCACAGGGAUUAGCACUUUCAAGGUAAGAUGGAAUGUGUUGUAAAACAAACUUCUCCCUUUAAUAUCAUAGAGAAUGAAUUAACACCAGAAGGUAUUAGAUACGGAGACUUGUUAAAUAAUGUUUCUAAUACAGAAAAAGUGUUUAUCAAGUUUCCUGCUCCCUCUCUUAACGUGUGGUCCUUAGUUUAUUACUGAAUAUAGAUUUAUGUAUUUGGCAACGGCUCACUAUAUGGAGUCUGAUCAUUGCUGGGCUCUUGGAGUAUGUGUUACAGUCCUGGUCCCCCAGGAUAUCAUUAAAGCUAGAGUGGUCACAGUCUUUUUUUCCGGGAUAGAAGAGUCUGAAACUGAAAGACAUGGCUAAGUUGGGCCAAAGAGCCUGUUUCUGUAUCAUCAUUUCCUGUACAAGCUAACUGGCAUUAGAAUAAAGUGAAAAGGACACCAGACUGGCGA